AUGUGCUUCGUGGGAAGAAACGGGGCAUCAUCUGCUGCAAGCUGGAUCUGGAGGAGGAUGCUGCGGCAAGUGAUACACAGAGGGCUGAAAGGUUCUUUCUACUGGCUGGGUUUGUUCGUGAGCAGGCAUCCGGUUUUCUUCCUCACCGUCCCCGCGGUCCUCACCAUCAUUUUCGGAUCCACGGUGCUGAGCAGGUUUAAGCCCGAAACGGACCUGGAGAUCCUGGUCGCGCCGACGCACAGCCUCGCAAAGAUCGAGCGGAGUCUUGCCAAUAGCCUCUUCCCCAUCGACCAGUCCAAACAUAAACUGUACUCGGACCUGCACACCCCCAGCAGAUAUGGCAGGCUCAUUCUGCUGGCCAAAUCCGGGGGAAACAUCCUGGAACUGGCCGAGCAGGUGCUGCAGGUGCACAAGAAGGUCUUGGACAUGCGUGAUGGUCGUGUGUCCUUUAUUGGCCAUCAGCUGGGUGGCGUAGCCUUCUUGGCAAAUAGCCGCGAUCAACAUGUCAAGUUUGCCCGCGCCAUCCAAAUCACCUACUACCUCCGCAACCUUGGCCCAGUGGUGCAGGACAUCAUUGCUGAGAAGUGGGAGAGUGAAUUCUGUAAGAUGGUACACCAGCUGGCCACAGACAGCCAAGAGCUGGAAAUCCAGUCACUUACAUCCUUCAGCUUAUGGCGGGACUUCCACAAGACUGGCCUGCUGGCCAAGAGCGAAGUGCUGGUCAGCUUGGUGCUGGUGCUCCUGGCAGCCACUAUCUCCAGCUCCAUGCGGGACUGCUUGCGAGGAAAGCCCUUCCUGGGCCUGUUGGGCAUCCUCACCAUCUGCAUCGCCAACGUGACGGCAGCUGGGAUUUUUUUUAUCUCUGAUGGGAAGUUCAAUUCUACACUGCUUGGGAUCCCUUUUUUCGCCAUGGGACAUGGAACAAAGGGUGUGUUCGAGCUUCUGGCAGGCUGGAGAAGAACCAGAGAGAGUUUACCCUUCAAAGAACGAGUAGCAGAUGCAUUUGCAGAUGUGAUGGUAUGCUACACCAUGACCAGCUCCCUCUAUAUCAUCACUUUCGGCAUGGGUGCCAGCCCCUUCACCAAUAUCGAAUCAGUGAAGGUCUUUUGCCAGAGCAUGUGUGUAGCAAUCCUGGUGAACUAUUUCUAUGUGUUCUCAUUCUACGGCUCCUGUCUGGUGUUUGCUGGGCAGCUAGAGCAAAACCGCUAUCACAGCGUCUUCUGCUGCAAGAUACCCUCAGUGGAGUAUCUCGACCGCCAGCCCACUUGGUUUAAGACCAUGAUGAGCGACGGCCAUGACCUCUCUACGCACCACGAAAGUGCUCCAUACCAGAACCACUUCAUUCAGCACUUUCUGAGGGAGCAUUACACCGAAUGGAUUACCAACACCUACGUCAAGCCUUUUGUGGUGAUCCUCUACCUGAUUUACGCCUCCUUUUCUUUCAUGGGAUGUUUACAAAUCAGAGAUGGAUCCAAUAUAAUUAAUCUGCUAGCUAGUAAUUCGCCAAGCGUGUCGUUCGCCCUGACCCAACAGAAGUACUUCAGCAACUACAGUCCAGUGAUUGGAUUUUACAUCUACGAACCCAUUGAAUAUUGGAACUCGACAGUUCAGGAGCACCUCAAGACGCUUGGGCAUGGCUUUAAUAAGAUUUCAUGGAUUGAUAAUUACUUUCACUAUUUGAGAGUCGUGAAUAUCAGCGCGUCAACAAAAAGUGAUUUCAUUAACAUUCUAAAGACUUCUUUUCUUAGGAGCCCAGAGUACCAACACUUUGUCGAUGACAUUAUUUUCUCCAAGAAUGGAGAUGAGUAUGACAUUAUUGCAUCCAAGAUGUACUUGGUAGCUAGAACAACUGAGAAAACCAGGGAGGAAGUUGUAGAGCUUCUAGAAAGACUUCGACCUCUCUCCCUCAUCAACAGUAUCAAGUUCAUUGUUUUCAACCCAACUUUUGUGUUCAUGGAUCGCUACAGUUCCUCCAUCAUCUCCCCUAUCCUGACAUCAGGCUUUAGCAUAUUGACAAUUCUCAUUCUCACCUUCUUUCUCGUUAUUAAACCACUGGGGAACUUCUGGUUGAUUUUGACCGUCACCUCCGUGGAGCUGGGCGUCCUGGGUCUCAUGACGCUCUGGAAUGUAGACAUGGACAGUAUCUCUAUCCUGUGCCUUAUUUAUACUCUCAAUUUUGCCAUGGAUCACUGUGCCCCCCAUCUCUACACUUUCGUACUGGCCACUGAGCACACGCGGACUCAGUGCAUCAAGAUCUCAUUGGAGGAGCAUGGGGCCGCCAUUCUGCAGAACACCUCAUGUUUUGUAAUUGGGAUAAUGCCCCUUCUCUUUGUGCCUUCAAACUUGACCUAUACACUGUUCAAGUGCUCUCUUCUCACUGCCGGAUGCACAGUGCUACACUGUUUUGUCAUCCUACCAGUGUUUUUGACUUUCUUCCCACCCUCUAAAAAGCGGCACAAGAAAAAGAAACGGGCCAAGCGGAAAGAGCGGGAAAGGGAGAGGGAAAGGGAGAGGGAGAGAGAGGAAAUCGAGUGCAUCGAAGUCAGGGAAAACCCUGACCACGUGACCAAUGUUUGA